AAGCGCAGGGCUAAGAAAGCGGUCCAGAAAGCGAGGAAGCUCCGCCCCUUAACUACCCGGGAACCAAUCGACUGCAGGAAUCGGUUGCUAAGGAAUCGGUUGCUAAGAUGCAGCGUCCUGGAAGAAGGGAGGGCGGACAUGGCAGACUCCAGUCCGGGUCUUUACCGAGGGGAAAUGAAAGAGCAACGCCGGAAUGGUUAUGGACGUUAUAUUUAUUCGAAUUCUUUUUUCCAGUAUGAAGGGGAAUGGAAGGAAGGAAAGAAACAUGGUCAUGGAAAGUUGCUGUUUAAAGAUGGAAGUUAUUAUGAAGGCGAGUUUAUGGAUGGAGAAAUUGUAGGCAAUGGAUUUCGAUACUGGGCCCAUACAGGGAAUACUUAUUCGGGCCAGUUUCUCUAUGGCGAGCUCAACGGUCAUGGAGUCAUGCAGUAUAAAGACGGCAAGAAAUACGAGGGGAACUUCUGCUAUGGAAUUCAAGAAGGCCACGGACGACUGACGGACAAGGAUGGGCAGCAGUACGAAGGCAGCUUCUACAAAGCCAAAAGACACGGAGGAGGGAAAAUGAGGUUCAAGAAUGGGGAUGAAUAUGAAGGCGACUGGGUCCUGGACCAGAGACAAGGCCACGGGGUGCUUCACUGCGCUGAUGGAACCUUCUACGAGGGUCAGUGGAGAAAUGACACGUUCAACGGACAGGGCUCCAUCAUCCAUUGUUCCGGCGUCAUCUAUGACGGACAGUGGCUGAAUGGCUACCCUGCUGUGCAACCCCAGAAGAUGGUGAUUUUGGGACCGGAAGUCAUCGACACAGUUCCAGGGUCUGCUCACACUUUUCACAUCCAGCUUCAGGACGAAGAAGGAGAGGUGACUGAAUGUGAGAGCGGUCGACUGCUGGAGAUCAGUGCUGGAAUCAGAGACGGGGAGCUUUUAGCAAGUUCCAAAAACAGCCUGUAUAAGAUUAUGGAACUACUUGGAAGGCAGGUGCUGGAAAGCCCCUUUGGAUUUGAGUAUAUUAGCUACCCUUUGAUGGCACCCACGUCUGAAAGCCCAGAGCUUCAAGUCUCUGCCUCUUCUGCUGGUAAAUCUCUAUUAGCCCAGCUUGAACUGCAAGUCCCCAAAGGAGACACGGAGCCAGAAUUCGAAUCAACGCCCACGGAUAGUGCAAGAAAUACCCUUAGCAACGAGGAUGGGAUGGAGGACAACGUCCACUGUAAUUCAUGCUCCCAGAGAGUAGAGCAUGGCUCAGCCAUUUUCAUUAAUAUCAUCCUUGCUACUCCUCCGACGGAUGUUCUGCUCGCCAUGCAGUUGGAUGACGCCCAAGAGGUUUUAUCCCCACGAAAAAUGAAAAAACGAAAAGACAAGAUCCAUGUUGAAAAAUUGGCCACUUCACAGGAGUUACUUAUGCCCACCAGAUCCCGACUGAUGGACCAAAGCAAGACCCGGCUCAUCCCAAUCAGCCCGAAGGAUGUCGUGACCCUCCCAGGGGAGUAUGUAAUUAUGGUCCGUGAAGUGACUUCUCCUCCGUUCCUGGGCAGGCACCUCCCACCUGCCUUCAGGCUCCUGAGGAUUUUGCCAGAGAAGGUUUCGGUACCGAAGGUCCUGUCAGACAAAGGCAGAAAAACUGGCCUUAAAAGCGAGACACAAAAAGAUGCCGGAAAUUAGAGGCAAGGCGAACUUUGUGCGUCCGUCCGCCAAUUUUCACAAUUUGCAUAGAGACCUGGGGGCAUUUUCUCAGACAAGAGUUUUUAACCAAAUCAGACCUAUCAAAUCAAAUCAAAACCUUUAAUAGCAUAACAUAAUACAUAAAAAGUGAAUUAUAAACAUCUUAAAAAGUUUCGACAAUACGUCUUAAAAGUUGGUUUACGUCAAAGGGUCAACUUUUAUCAACAGCUUGUGCUAUAAUAGACGUCAUGGCAUCUGUCAGUCAUUGUUAUAGAUAAGAAACGAGCCAUCAUAGAUGUGGCUGUUUCAUUCUUAUCUGCAAGCAACAGUUUCACACGUUCCUCAUCCGGAAGAUCUUUGUGUCUAUCGAGUAAUUGUCCAAGGAUAAGUGACUGAACUUCUUCAUGUAAAGAGCAACAAAGGAUUUUAUGAAUCAAAGUGUCUGGUUGAUUAGAUCCACAAAUACACAGAUGUGCUGAAAAUGAGAUUUGUAGAAAUCUCCCAUGAGUGAUGGCAGAGGGGAAAGUGGAAUCUUACUUGUGAGGAUGUUCUGCGACCUAUCUAGAAAUAAAUACGAAAGUGGGCGAAUGUGCUUAAGUCAAGUGGCUUCAUAGAAUGGACAGUGGGAAAAAGACAUGUUCUAGUGUUUUCCGCUCGCAAUCUGUUUCUCAUUUUUAUCCUUUAGGACAAUAAAUUAGACAACCUCCAAGUAUUUGUAUGAUAUCAAUAUAGGCCAAGAACUCUUAAUGCUCGAUUGCAAUAUUUUUAUUACAAGGCACGUUGUGCAUUUUUGUUUUUUUAAAAAAGACACAGGCCCCUUUUCAAUAGAACGAAGAGUUUGUGCAACACUUUGGUCAGAUAGCUGUAAACCAUAAAACCUAGCGAGCCAGAUGGUCAGCUAACAGCCAAAAAACGUGCAUCGCAAAUUACGUUGACGACCGCUGUGCUCUCCUCUGUAAUAACGCCUUUGCGACUACAUAGUUUUUCUCGUAGGGGGAAAAAAAACCCCAUUCUUGUUCGUUCAGUACGUUUAAAAAAGAAUAAAACUAAUAAAAUUUGCCCGCCCCAAGGUGGCAAGCGGGAAACUGCCAACAGUCUUGGAAAAAGUAUCUCCUGUCAUCAGCGAGAGCAGAUCUGAAGCUGGGUUAAUUAUUCAUUUUAAAAAACCCUGUUGAGAAGGCCAGAAACGUAUCUAAGCGGCGCUGGUGGAAAAGGAGUGUUGAGUGGAUCUGUUUGGAACAUAUUUGCAUCCUGCAGCAACUGGUGUUGGACACAGCAUGCUCUGCCGCGUUAGAUGAGCUGUCGAAGACUCAAUAGCGUGUCUACAAAGAUAGUCAAGCGCAAGGUGAGCUCUGUGCUCAGGAAAGGAGCCUGCUAGAAACCUUUGGCGCUACAUCACCAAGGAGGAUUCCACAUGGGCCAAAAACAAUGGUGUGAAAACGGUGUAAACCCCUUCACAACGUUUUAAACCAUUUCACACCGUUUUCACGCUGCUGUUUUUGGCCCAUGCGGAAUCCACCUUGGGCACAAGUGAAGCUACCAUGGGUUGACCCUUGUCAGGGCAGGCCCAGUUCUUUCUGCCCCCCAGGCAAGCUUCGGGCUUUGUGCCUUUCUUCAUUUGAUGAAGAGAAAAGGAAAUGUAGAAGAAACUGUAACCUUUGUCGUCUUGGUUGUCUUGUUGUAUUUCUAUCCCUGGAAAGCAAACUGUAGAUCAGAUCCCUGGCUAUUUUCUUUAAACUAAACAGCAGUUAUUUGGAGGGGGGGGAUUAAUCCUGCCCCAUACCAUUACCCCAA